AGCCGCCAUUUUGCCCUCUUGACUCUUGGCUGUGUCUGCAGCCUGCCCAGCCAUGAGGCUCAAAAAUCUCAUCUUCUCCUUGCUAGCCCUCCAGGCUGCACCUGUUGCCGAUGGACAUGUUACCUUCCAUGCCGAAGCCGAGACAGGGAGCAGUGGGAGCAGUUUCUGCUAUGGCGCCGAUGCCGGGGCGGAUCUCUAUGCCACUAUUGAUGCGCCUGAAAUGUUUGACUGGACCACGCCCGAGUCUCCCCACAUGAUUAUACCCUCUGAGGACGUAACCCUCUUCCCCAGUUCGGCCGGAGAGGCCUGCUCUACCUCGGGAAACAGGAAGUUGUUCCGCCGAGAUGGAGAUGUUAUGGAUGAUGAUCUUGCUGGAAGCAGCGUCAACGGUUACAAUACGCCCUCUUCUUCUUCUUCUUCUUCUUCUUCUUCUUCUUCUUCUUCUUCUUCUUCGUCGUCGUCGUCGUCGUCGUCGUCGUCGUCGUCGUCGUCGUCGUCCAGGAAGACUUUGUCACGCCGUAACCCAUCCAAGCGGUCUGUCAAGUACGGUCCCCUGAUACCGCAAAUCGACGGCCUCGUGUGCCUCGGCGAGGUCGAGGUGGACGACAUCCCCUCAUGCGAGGCAUGCGAAAGUGGUGGUGACGACGUCAAUGACGUCGACGACGCGGCUCUACGGAAAAGGGAUGAUGAGACUUGUUGGCUCGACCCCUAUCGUUUGGGCGAGGAGACAUGUCCUGCGGAUGAUGACGAUUCCGGCGACGCUCGCCGAAGUCUGGAGCCGCGGGUAAAUAAGAAACCCAUCAACUGGCAGCACGUCCUGCGGAACGGCUGUGGGCGUCGCCGCGUCUCGGCCCUUCAACGUUGGUUUGGGUACCCGGCCAAGGAGUCCGACGGAUCGAUCCUAGUCUCUUUGCCAGUAAACUCGUCACCCUCGAUCAAGUGCUCCUGGCUCUUUGCUCUUCUCUCUUCUCAAGGCCGCGCUGGAAGGCACAGCCGUCAAAGUCCCGUGACCCAGGAGGAUAAAGGAGGCAAGCUGAGCUCGUCAUCUGGCCUCUUCCACGACAUGAGGGCCGACCUGUCGGUGUGGUCUUUGAAGGGGACGUUGGAUCGUUUCUUAUGGUCGUACGGACUACGGUACAACGGUGUUUGUAUCUUGGUCACGUGGUGUUGUUAG